ACAAAGCACCGAAAAAAAGAAUCUCACAUUCAAUAUCAAAAUCUAUUCAAAACAAUUUAUGUUUUGACCAAUAUGUCUGACAAUAUAAACAGUUUAAUGUCCCAUCUCUAGGUAAAAAACCUAGCAAUUUGACGGUGUUGUUGAUCUGUAGUAAGGGGAACUUGAAACCGCCCCUUGCCCCAUUUCAUCGGUUGUUUUUCUUCUUUCGUCUGGAUUCUCCAUGUUGUUAGAGCGAGAAGUGAGGACUUCGCAGAGACAGGAAGGGGCCGUUCGGUUCAGAAAUACAAGCUACUGGCGAUAAAGUAAGCCGAGACGCGCAGUAGAGGGAAUCGCGAAGACGAAAACAUAUCUAAGCGCCCUGCCCCUCCCAUGUGUGGAAAACAGAAGAAGCGAGGAAUAAAGAAACAUUUUUGCUCAUGAAUUGUAGUCUCUGUCAGAUCCAGCACACCCACGAAUGACAGUUAUCAAGACAAUCAUUUUGUAACUUGUCAAUUUAAUCUAAUGAAGGCUGCUUAUCUCUGUUUGGGGAACGGAUUGGAUUUUGAGGGCUCUGUGCUUGUCAGAUGGAAAGUUCUAUCAUCACUCAAGUGCAAAAAGAAGACAUUACAUUGUCAUCGAAAACAGGGCAGGUGACCUGUUCUCCGAGGAAGCCAAGGAGCUGUAAGAUCUUUAAAGCACUUUUCUGUUGCCUCAGAGAAGCACAGGAUGCCCCCAAACCAUUGCCAUUUUCCCAAGAUGCCUUGCUAGAACCAGAGGACAAUGGGGAUGUUGUCAAGCCACAGCUGUCUUCUGGGCCCAGCCUGCUGCCUGAAAUGGUACCACAGGACCAGGGCAAGAUUUGUGUGGUCAUAGAUCUGGAUGAAACACUGGUCCAUAGUUCAUUCAAGCCUAUUAGUAAUGCAGACUUCAUAGUGCCUGUGGAGAUUGAAGGAACCAUGCAUCAGGUGUAUGUGCUGAAAAGGCCAUAUGUGGAUGAGUUUCUCCGACGAAUGGGAGAGCUGUUUGAGUGUAUUCUGUUCACUGCAAGUCUCGCUAAGUAUGCAGAUCCUGUGACUGACCUGCUGGACCAGUGCGGGGUGUUCCGGGCACGUUUGUUUCGGGAGUCGUGCGUCUUCCAUCAGGGCUGCUACGUCAAAGACCUCAGCCUGCUGGGCCGAGAACUCCACAAGACCCUCAUACUGGACAACUCUCCAGCCUCCUACACCUUCCACCCUGAGAACGCUGUUCCUGUCUUGUCCUGGUUUGAUGAUGCGGAGGAUGUGGAGCUGCUCCACCUGCUCCCUGUGUUUGAGGACCUAAGUCAGGCUGAGGACGUCUACACCAAGCUAGGAGAGCUACGAGCGCCAUGAUGGAGCCCGGAAGUCCCUGGUCUCUUGACUGCCAAGCUCACCACCAUAGAAAUGUAAAUGCUGACCAACCCGAGACACUGUGUCUAACACUUCAAAACAUUCUAACGGCCCGUCCUCUAAGGUUCGAGGCAUCUGUUCAACUGUCAAGCACUGUCUGAUACCACUGAACAAGAACUGCCAAAAUACGGUUGAGUACAACCACUUUAAAUUAAUAUGAAUAAAGUGGUUACUUUUGCCAAACUAGAAGCCUGUGCGGCUUGAUCUUACUCAGGACACUUGUAUCAUUGUGCCUUUCCUUAAACAAACAGAAAAACCAAGCAGCUCAAACUUUUUUAUUUGUAUUUUUUUUCUUCCUCCAGUCUUACUAUGCAGUCUUCUACUGUAAUCAUGGUGGAUUACACUGUUACUUGUUAUACAGGUCACACAGUCAUAUCUAGAAUUCCAAGUGAUUCUGAACAGAAUGUAUCUUUUAUAUUUUCCUCAAUAUACAACUAGUAAGUACUCAAGUACUAUGUUUCCCUGACAUGUACUGUAUGUAAACAUUUGUUAUCUACUGUGAAAUGGUCAAAAAAGCAAAACAACCAAUCCAUCCCAUCAAAGUUUUGCAUUUUAGAAUGAACAGAGUCUGGAUUAUGUUUCGGAAACUUUAUAUCAAUGUAUUUCUGUCAAUGCCAAUAAUAGUGUGCAUGACGUGACCUUAUGAGACUUAAUAAAGCUUAGUGAGUUUCUUUUGGGAACUAAUUUGUCAGGAUGAUCUCUGUAAAGGUUACAUGCAGAAACACUGGUUGCCAAGGCAGCACAAGUAUAAUACAUUGUUGCUUUUGGAAAAUGUGGUCCAGUCUAACACUUAAUUUUUGUUUUUCAUGGAAAACUAAAUGACAAAACUUGCACUUGUUUUUCAAAUGUAAGACUGUGCUAAAAGAUAUGAGAACUGUGCCUUUCCAAUUCAGUCAGAGACUUAAUGCACAUAUGCAUGUAUGCACUCUCGUGCUGUCUGAUAUGUGGUCAAAUACUGUAUAAAUAAAAAUAUGUAGUUCUGGUACUUCA